GCUGAAACUCGAGACUCCCCUGCUAGAAAAAAACACAAAACAAAACAAUAGAAACUCUCAUAGAAUUGGUAAUGGUUUUAAUGGUUACAAUGGGAAUUAUAUUGGUUUUAAUGGAAACUGUAAUGGUCCCUCUGGGUUGCCUUCUACUGGUGGCAUGAUAUGUCUAUUGGAUACCAUUAAGGACCAAUACCGGCAAUGGUAAUGGUUGUAACGGUUAGCUGAUGGUUUGUAAUGGUAUUUGUAGAGGAAAAUGUUAGAAUUUUUGUGAUGGCUUCUAUUGUUUGGUUGUUGUUGCUUUUUUUCAGAUGGUUUCUAUUGUUUUUUUUUUUUUUUCAUAUCGAAAGUUAUCUUUCCAUAACUGUUAAAGAAAUCUCCUUCCACAAAGCUUCACAAUUUCAGUGAUUACACAGUAGAGUUUGCAUCCAUUUACGUGAAAGUCCCAGUGUUCUAUAGUUUCUACAGUACUAUACGAUCGAGCGCAUUAAUAUGAGAGUGCGAUUCGCCUUGCAGCCGGAACUACUGUCAGAGCUGCUGGUCCAGACAGAAUUCCACAUUAGGGUUCAGACCGUCCGUAUACAUACACAAAUACCGUGUUUUUCUGUGGAAUUUUACCCAGUUAUUAGUCAGUUAUUAUUAAAACAGCAGGACUUCAUGUUAAAGUAACCUGACAGAAAACCCCAUCACUCCUGUGGAAGAGUAUGGAGAUAUCAAAGGCUGCCACGCCCUCUUUCAGGGUUGCCAAAAGGAGCUGGUUUUUUAUUCAUCUAUUAAUUUAUUUAAAACGAGUUCGUCUAUUUCAAAUGUCGUUCCCUUGUUGAAUGUUUCUGGGUGUGUUUAUAUGAGGUGACGGUAGCACUUCGGAUGAUAUUAAAGUGAACCGAAGAACGGUUUAAAAAAGCGGAUUAAUGGUGCGGGGAUUCAUAGCAUUCUGGCAACCCGGAUCUUCACUCUGGGGUUUGCACGCGCGCUGAGCGUGUCAUCCUCGGGGUAAAUCUGUCUGGAGUGACCAGCGCGCGCGUGUACGCAUGUGCCAGCUGUGUGUCAGCUGUUUGACUGAAAUGACUUUGAGUUGUGUUGAUAUUUGUCAUGUUCACAACAUCACCUGUUAGUGGAUCGAAACGCGCCGAGCCGUGAGAGCUGGUACACCGGUACAGAUGGCCAAGAGGAGCACUCUCUUCAUCCGGAUCGUGGAAGGCAAAAAUUUGCCCAUCAAGGAUAUAACCGGAAGCAGUGACCCAUAUUGCAUCGUGAGAAUUGACAACGAGGCCAUUAUAAGGACAGCAACAAUAUGGAAGACGCUGUCGCCUUUCUGGGGAGAGGAAUACAAUGUCCACGUUCCACCUUCCUUUCACACCGUAUCCCUGUAUGUGAUGGACGAGGACAAUCUCAGCCGUGAUGACGUCAUCGGAAAGGUUUCCAUCAGCAAAGAGGCGCUCAGUGUGAAACCACAAGGUCUAGAUGGCUGGAUGAACCUGACUGAGAUAGAUCCCAAUGAGGAGGUUCAGGGAGAGAUUCACCUGCAGAUCUCAGUGCUGGGGGACGGCGACGUGCCGCGCAAACUGCGCUGUCGAGUUCUGGAGGCCAGAGAUCUGGCCAAAAAAGACCGCAACGGAGCGUCGGAUCCAUUUGUCCGAGUCAGAUAUAAUGGCAAAACCCACGAAAGUGCAGUGGUGAAGAAGUCUUGCUAUCCACGCUGGAACGAGAGUUUCGAGUUCGAGCUGGACGACACUCUGGCCGACAGCCUGCUCAGCGUGGAGGUGUGGGACUGGGACCUGGUGAGCAGGAACGACUUCCUCGGAAAGGUCCUGUUCAACAUCAACAGGCUUCAGUCGGCGCAGCAAGAAGAGGGUUGGUUUCGCCUGGGGCCUGACAAACCCAAACACAGCCAGUACGAAGGUACUCUGGGCUCCUUGCGGCUGCAGCUGCGGCUCAGAGAUGAGACGGUCCUGCCAUCCAGCCAUUACCAGCCGCUCACCGAAUUACUGUGCCGGUCCGUCGAGACUCACCUCAACGGCAACUGGCCUGACCUGAUCAUGCUAAUCGACGAGACCACGACGUCCGAGAACAGACAGGAAGUAGCCACUAACCUGGUGAAGCUCUUCCUGGGUCAAGGACUCAUCAAGGAGUUCCUGGAUGUGCUUUUCAAACUGGAGCUGGAAAAGAAUACCGAACCCAACACCUUAUUCAGGAGCAACUCUUUAGCUUCCAAGUCAAUGGAGUCCUUUCUAAAGGUGGCCGGGAUGCAGUAUCUCCACAGGCUUCUGGGCCCCAUCAUCAAUCGCAUUUUUGAGGAGAAGAAGUACGUGGAACUGGACCCUAACAAGGUGGAACUGAAAGAAGCUGGUUGCACGGGACUGCAUCGUCUGCAGACGGAAGCCGAUGUGAUCCAGCAGAGCUCCAGCCUCCUCCAGUCGUACCUGUCCGAGCUGAUGGCUGCCAUCCUGCAGUCUUCCUCCUACUGCCCGCUGCUCCUCUGCCAGGCCUUCCAGCAGCUCUACCAGCGAGUACAAGCUCGUUUCCCAGACCCAGAGUACAGGAAAGUCAAGUUCAUUGCUGUGACCAGCUUCCUGUGUCUGCGCUUCAUUUCUCCUGCGAUCAUGUCGCCUAAGCUCUUCCACCUGAGGGAGAAACACGCCGAUGCCCGCACCAGCCGCACUCUUCUGCUCCUGGCUAAAGCUGUUCAGACCAUUGGCAAUCUGGACACACUGGUGUGUUGCUCCAAGGAGCCGUGGAUGGUGCCACUGCAGCCUGCUAUCCAGCAAGGCAUCGCCCAACUCAAAGACUUCAUCACCCGCCUGGUCAGCUGCCAUGACUCGGAAGAUCUCGGUUUGCAAACUCGUAUGAGUCUCCAGUGUGGCUCCAUGGAAAAAGAAGGCUUCCUCCUCCUGCACAAGACCAAAGACAAGUGCAUUCUCAUGACCUCUCCCUUUAAGAAGUAUUACGUCACGCUCAGCAAAGACAUGCUGUCUUACUCACGGGCUCAGCACUCCAAGAAGAGCUCGUCCAUCUUCCUGCCCAAGAUCCGUGCGGUGGAGAAGGUAGAGGAGAAGUGCUUCGGCAGUGCCAAUGUCAUGCAGAUCAUUUCGAGCGAGGACUCCGGGCAGCAGGAGACACUCUACCUGGACUGCAAGAGUGUGAAUGAACUGAACCAGUGGCUCUCGGCUUUACGGAAAGCCUGCAGUCACAACACCAACACCAUGAGCUGUUAUCAUCCCGGGAUCUACAAAGCUGACAGAUGGAGCUGCUGCCACCAAAAGGAGAAAACAGACCCAGGCUGCGAUAAGACCAGACAUGGUGUCACCCUACAGGAAUGGUACGACCCACUGGAUCCAGACCUGGAAGCUCAGCUGAUUUACCGCCACCUGAGCAGCGUCCAACACGCCAUGAGGGAUAAAUAUUAUGAACUGAUAAAGCAAGAAGCUGACGACGCAGGCGCUGACCAAGAUCCGAAGAAGGCGGACGGUAUAACGAGACUUUUCGAGAUUCUCCGAGAUCUGCACGACGCUCACGCGGCAGUAGAAGAGGAGGAACGUUUGAAAAACAAGAACGUUUUCCUCGAGUUACAGACUUAACCAGAGGCUCCCAAAACGAAAGACAGGAAGAUGUUCGAUACUGCGUCCCACACUGACUUCAUUUCCAGGGUUUACGAUGUGAACCUGCUAAACUCAAAUGCACAGCAAGUCCAAAUUUUGGAAAGGUUUGAGAGCAGGUUUGCUUUCCAUGGUUGUUGUUUGAGGUAAACGAGUUUACAUAAUUAGUGGGCUGCCUUUUGAAAGCUCAUGUGCGUCCAGGGUAGGUCAAACAGCAUGUAGUGCAUAUUUUACAUGAGUGUAUAAGUGUUACAGAUUAAUAAGGUCAUGAGUGCGAAGGCGUGAGUUUUGGCUGGUUGUUCUUGCUUAUAGGCACUUUAUCACGCUCGGUAUUUUAUCAUUGUGUUAUAUAAUCAUGCACGCAUGAUAUUUUUUCCUUUGUAAAAUAGCAGAGGCCACAAGUUUACAGUAUACUCUCAUUUUUUAAAAUAUUACGCUUCCUGUAUACCAUUUUUAUGUUGUUGUUUUUUGUUUUUUUUUUGCAAUUCUGCGCUAUUUAUUCAUGUCCCGAUCUCUUAUUGACUCACAGAAAUUCAUGCUGUGUCUGAGGUCUGCCACAGCAUCAAUUUGACCAAUUAGCCACGUUAUCGAUGGCUUCUUGAUCCACUCCGGUCUCUAUUCAAAUGUGUAGGUGCAAGACUGAUCAAUACUUCAACCCCUGAAGUUGGAAAGGUGGUGGAGAUGUGCAUCACCAUGAAGGAGUCAUUGUUUUGGGGGGUUUCCACGCCCCCCCCGGUUGUUUGUUCAUAAGGGGCAUGUAAUUUCAUCUACAAAAAAAAAAAAAAUGGAAUUCUAAAAAGACGAAUAAAGUGUAAGUGUUGCGUGUAAGUGUUCUACAACAAACCCGACAAUCCCAGAUUUAAAGCGAAAUCAGCAAUCAGUACAGUUCAGCGCAAAAGUUUGCAUCCCCUAUGGUUUCUGGGUGCGGGGAGAAAAAAAAGUGUAAGUUUAUACGUCUGAGAAACUCAGUGUGCUGAAUAUCAUUGUGGAAUAAAUUUAAAUGAUUGAUUUUUGUCCUAAGCGUGUGCGAACGUUUGCACCCGACUGUAUGAAGUGGGAAAGAUUACAAUACAGUAUGGUACUGUAAUACAUGUCAGAUAUUACAAUCAAGGAAACUACAAUUUCAUAAAGUUAAUCAAUGAAGGCAAAUAUUGAAACAAUUGGUUCAACAAAAAAAGCCUACUGUUAACCUGACGUUAAAAAAAAUAAAUAAAAAUACGUGCACAUGAAUAGUGAAUUCUGUUGAAUUCACUGCUCAAAUCCGAUCCUUGUGAACGCUGUUGAUUCCCUUGCAUUCCCUCUGGACUCCCACCAAUGAACAGCUCAUAUUAUCUCCGCUUUAUUGACAGUAUUGCUAGUGAUGCGACACCCGGGAUCCUCCAUCUGCACUCAGUAUUGAUAUAAUCAAUCAAUUACUCAAAUCUCAAAGUAUAGAGUUUCUACUGUUGCCAUGCUUCAACUUGUCAAUUGUCAAUUUUGUAUAUUGUAUUAGUUAGUCCCAAACCAGUUUGUAUUAUAGACCUGUAUUUCUGAUUGUCUUUUAUAGUUUUGUUUUUUGUUAUGACACGAAUGUAAGAUACGGCGCCCUCUAGUAAUAUAGGCACCCUUGAUAAAUAUGAGCAAAGAAGGCCGGUCUUUAUUGUUUAACCUUUUGUCCAAAAAAAAAUUCACAAAAACACUUCGCUCUCAUGGAUAUCCAACAAUUGCAAACAAAACCCAGGUUUGCCAAAAAGCAGAGUAUUUUUGUGAUUUAAAAAAAAAAAAAAAAAAACGAAAGGUUAACCAAUAAAGACCAUUUUCACAGACUUCUUUGCUCAUAUUUACCAAGGGUGCCAAUAUUAGUGAAGCGCACUAUAUGAGGACCUUUUUUUUGUAGGGAUCAGCCUUGUUUUGUACACUAGAUGGCUCUGCAGCAUUGAAAUAUUUAUACUACAAACUGGGCCAUAGAAAUCUGUGAACCUGUAGAAGGUGUGAAAUAAUACAGCUAUUUAGAUUGAUGCAUUGAUUAGAAAUGUACACAAACUGACCCAUGAAAAAAUGAUUAAAUUGAAUUGAAAAGUGACACCCAUUCAAGCAAAAGUUCAGUGUUCAAAUUCAGUUAUCAGUUCACUUUGUCUUGUAGCAUAAUUUUGAAACUCAUCUGCUACAGUAAGCCUGCUUUUGUGAAGUACUCAUUUAUAAGCUUAUUAUAAAGUGUUGGGUAAUGAUGGCAGAAUAGAUACUUUCUGUAGGAUGAAUUAUGUGUAUGUGUCGGGACUAGGAUCCCAAAAAGUAGUUGUGUGGGUGGUUCGAUAUGAAGCUAGCAAGACAAAGAAUGUUCAUUAACAUAUGGUACAAGCAUAUAUAUAUAUAUAGGGUUGUGAGGUUGCCUGGAGCCUAUCCCAGGGAACUCGGGGCACAAGGCGGGGGACACUUUGGACUAACUUUCUGUUGAAGUGGUGGGAUUGGUCACAUUUUCUGUGAGAGCAUUGGUGGAAUGGUCAAAGUUUCUGUGGGAGUGGCUGGGAUUGGACAACUUUAUUGUGGGAAUGGACAAGAUUGGUGAAGAGUGUCUGUGGAAGUGGGCAGGAUUGGUAAAACUUUUAGUGGGAGCAGGCAUGAUUGAUCAAGAGUGUCUACAGGGGCAAGCCAGAUUGGUCAAGUGUUCUGCAGGACCUAGUGGGAUUAGUCAGGAUUGUCUGUAGAAGCAGGGAGAUUUGGUCAAACUUUCUGCAGGAGUGGGCAAGAUGUGUCAAGAAUGUCUAUGGGAGUGGGUGGAAUUGGUCAAACUUUCUGCGGAAGCAGGCGGGAUUGGUCAAAUUUUCAGUGGAAGCAGGCGGGAUUGGUCAAAUUUUCAGUGGAAGCAGGCGGGAUUGGACAAAUUUUCAGUGGAAGCAGGCAGGAUUGGUCAAAUUUUCAGUGGAAGCAGGCGGGAUUGGACAAAUUUUCAGUGGAAGCAGGCAGGAUUGGUCAAAUUUUCAGUGGAAGCAGGCGGGAUUGGACACAUUUUCAGUGUAAACAGGCGGGAUUGGUCAAACUUUCUGCGGAAGCAGGUGGGAUUGGUCAGAUUUUCAGUGGAAGCAGACGAGAUUGUCAAACUUACUGCACAAGCAGCUGGUAAAGAAUGCUUCUGGGAACAGGUAGGAUUGGCCAAAUUUCUACAAGAGCAGGCAAUAGUGGGAUUAAUAAAACAGUUUGGCGCACCUGUACUGUAAAUCACUUUAUAUAGCACAUUUUUCAUUUUUAAUCAAACAGCCUUUUUCGAUUAUAGUAAUAAUCUCCUGUCUUUUUGUUGUUAACACAAAACUGAGUAUUAAUUUGUACAGAACUGAGUCUGGUUAUGUCCAAAAUCGAAUACUAAAUAGGUAACAUACUAAACCUACUAUCUCAACAUACUAACGUUGUUUGGAACGGAGCCCGAGACUGCCUAAUAGUCCGUUGAAAGCAUUUUUAUUUGUUCUCAUAUUUUGCCUGGUUUUGGAGCUUGUAAAAGGUUCAUGAAGUAUAUAUGAGGUCACUUAUAAAUGGAGUUUAGACACUUAUAGGCACUGCUUGCCAAUAAGAAGGUUAUUGACCAGAAUGAAAACUGCCACAUGGGUAUGUAUUCGUGUGUAUGACGGCCAGUUAAUAAAUCUUUGUACUAUAUAAGCCUUGUGUUCUGUGUUUCAUAAAAAAGGAGCUGUUUAAGUGAAUCACUGUGUCUUACAAGCUGGAGGAGGAAUGCGUUUCCUGUUUACGCCUGUGAAAGUCCAUAUGUUUCACUCAUCGGCUUGCCCACGCAAAACAGACUAGCACACAGCCUGCUGUCGCGGGCUACUAAACAGUAGGUGUAUGUGUGGCCAUAGGUGGCAUAUUUUCACAAACUGUUUAGUACAGUAGUGUGCACAUUUCUAUGGAGUCCUACUCUCAGGCUCUGUGUUAUAGCCUACCAAGGCAGUGAGAGGUCUACAUAUAGCACAUACCUUGUCAGAAAUAAAGGCUGGAGAAGUUUGUACCUUUAUCUCCAAUGAUUUCUGGGUGAGAAAAAAAGGAAAAUGUACUUCUGUUUUACAAGUUCUAAAAAAAAUUAAAUAAAAAAUAAUGUUAAAAAAUUAAAUAUGGGUGUUUCCUGAAAGAAGACAACAAUCCAAAAGAUAUGUCAAGAUUAGGAGACAAAAAGGUUAGUCAAAGUUGAGUGACCCUCUCUGUUUCCAGACUCGAUCUGAAGAAAGCACUGGAAGAAAUUUGGCAGAGGUACGACAUGUAAGGAAUAAAACACUUAUUUAUAAUUAUGCCUCCUUUUUUCCCUCUUAAAGUUAAUAAGACAACGUUUCUGAAAAAGUCCUCUGUGCUAUCCAAGUUGGAAUAUUAAAAAAAAAAAAAAAGGUAUAGCUUUACCUCUGUUGGAUAAAUACCGGAGAUUCCUUCGACAAAUGCUAAAUCAAUGUCUCCUAACUGAACACUUUAAUCAUAUCAGUGAUUAAAAUCCAUUAUUAUAGAAAAUAUGACAUAUUAAAACAAGUGCAUGAAUAUACACCUUGCAGCUGGUCUGACUGUCAGAGCUGCUGUUACUGAAAAUGAAUCACCCUCUGACCAAUCAGAAUCAAGCAUUCAACAGUGCUGAGUAAAGAUUGGUCGAGCAUUCUGGGAAUUGGGUUGGGGAUGAAUUUAAAGGGACUGCAGCAGACAUUCUAGCAUACAUGAGAGUUGUCUAGAACCAAAAUGAUCUGAGGUGAACAUCCCAGUGCAUUAACCUGUGAGGGGCCAAAAAUUUGUACUGGCUCCCCUGUUUGAGGCUACCACCGUUAUGACAGUGUUGUAGCCUGAGCAUGGCUUAUAAAAAAAACAACAAAAAAAAAAACGGUAGCCCUUCUUUUGUGCCAGGUUAUAUUAACACUGUUGUUGGACCUAUAAUUCAUGCAUUUCCAUGUGUACGCUAAAAUGACUUGAAGAAUACAUGGAGUCAGGUACUGUAAUUAAACUGAGCAGGGGUGUUUCAAGUGACCUCAAAUUACAUCUCUCGGAGGUCUAUUACCCCAUGCAGUUUUAAUGAAUAAUAUCUACAUAGCUUGUUAUUGUGGAACCGCAUGAACUAUAUUUUAACUAAAUUUCUAUUAAAUAAAUCCAGUUCUGUAAGGUCAUUAUGUUUAUGUCCUUCUUCAACAGCCUUUUAGCUUGUUCUUGCCCCUUUUUGCCACCUCUUGGUGUG